CCGAGAGGAGCGAGCGGGCCGCACCGCCGCGUACCGCACCGCACCGCCCAGCCCAGGCCGUGGCCAUGAGUGAAGCAGAAGUGAAUCCCAAAGCUUACCCUCUGGCUGAUGCACAGCUCACCAAAACGCUACUGGAUCUUGUGCAGCAAUCCUGCAAUUAUAAGCAGCUACGCAAAGGAGCCAAUGAAGCCACCAAAACACUGAACCGAGGGAUAGCAGAGUUCAUUGUGAUGGCAGCAGAUGCAGAGCCCUUGGAGAUCAUCCUGCACCUCCCUCUUCUCUGUGAGGACAAGAAUGUACCUUAUGUGUUUGUGCGCUCCAAGCAAGCCCUGGGCCGGGCAUGUGGUGUUUCUCGGCCUGUCAUUGCCUGUUCCAUCACCAUCAAGGAGGGAUCACAGCUAAAGCCUCAGAUCCAGUCUGUCCAGCAAGCUAUAGAAAGACUGUUGGUCUAAAUGCCCAUGAGUUUCAAGUGUGCGUGGAAUAGGAAAGUUGAAGUCGGGGGAAUUAAUGUCUAGCUUCAGUUGAGAUUAUAGUUUCAAUACCUGUGUUUCAUUUCAAAACACCACAUUUUUGUUUAAUAAUGGCUUAAUUCUUAGUGUUUCUGCUUCUCCUCCCCACUUUUAUUUUAUUAUUCCACUCUUAACACAUUCAUUUUUGUGGUAUUACUUCUUGAAAUGUGAUUGUACAACUGUAGUUCCUGUUUGAUGUUUAAAAGAAAAAAAAAAAAGAAAUCCCCCUUAUCUCAAUGUCUGCCUGCUCAGGGCUUUUUUAACCCACCCAUUAGCUUACUCUGCGUUGCAGUAUUUCUGCUAAGCUUCAGCCUCUAACAAACAGGUGUGAGUAACACUGUGUUUCUGAAUGGUUUAGUCUACGGAGGGUAAGGCAUGUCGGUUCACCACACAGUGUGCGCAUGCAGACUGCUGGAGUUGCUGCUUUAAGUAAGUGAUGGAACAGCGUAGACCAUGUAUGAGGCAGGUAGUGGCUACUGUGUAGCAGCGGAUGGAGCCAAGACCAGUACACAUAGCACAACCCUUUUUUCUUCUUGAAACCAGACGAGACUUCUGUAAGAGGUGUAUGUGGAGCAGAAAUCUUAUGGCAGUGCACAAGGGGAAAUAUCUUACCUCGCUUAUUUUUAAAUACUGACUUUUUAAGAAAAAUAAAAUUGCUGACAAAGCUAAAUAUA